GCCCACCGUCGACCAUGGUGAAGCUGGGCUGCAGCUUCUCGGGAAAGUCGGGCAAAGACCCCGGGGACCAAGACGAGGCUACCACGGACAGCGUCCCUCUGAUCAGCCCCCUGGAUGUCAGCCAGCUUCAGCCACCUUUCUCCGACCAGGUGGUUAUCAAGACACAGACGGAAUACGAGCUGACCUCCAUGGACCAGCCGAAGAAGUUCCCGGACCUGGAGGCCCAGAAACUGGCCUGUAGCCACUCGGAGGAAGGGCGCAGGCUGCCCACAGCACGCAUGAUCGCCUUUGCCAUGGCGCUCAUGGGCUGUGUCCUGAUCAUGUACAAGGCCAUCUGGUACGACCAGUUCACCUGCCCUGACGGCUUCCUGCUGCGGCACAAGAUGUGCACCCCGCUGACCCUGGAGAUGUACUACACGGAGAUGGACCCUGAGCGCCACCGCAGCAUCCUGGCGGCCAUCGGGGCCUACCCGCUGAGCCGCAAGCACGGCACCGAGCCGCCCUCAGCCUGGGUGAAGAGUCACCGCAUGGCCAAGGAGGGGCCCAAGGCGCCCACCCAGGCGGGCACGGCGGCGACUGCCGAGCCCCCUGGGAAGCCUGUGGCGCCUGAAGAGGAGGCAGAGCGGAAGGCGGCGGGGAGCGUGCCGCCCCCGGCCGCGCAGUGACG